AAAUGCUAUGUAUAUAUACAAUCCGGCAAGGGCAAAUGUUUUUGUAACAAACCCACAUUUUCAUUCUGCUUAUAACUCCUGCUGGUUUUCACUGGCUAACUGGCUUCCAUUGACCUAGAAAGCCGCAGUAGCAAUAGUCCAUAAUUAUAUUAUUCUGUUGUUCUAGCAUAAUAACCUUUUUGCCAGCCGACAAUCUUUUUAUAUUUAUACAGCGCCGUGUUCGCCCAGUGUUGUCCGGUCCGUUUGUAUCCGUGUCACAGUGUGUAAUCAUAAUAUUUCAUCGCACAAGUCUUUACAUUUCCUGGAUCAUGAUGUACGGACGCAUAGUAGGGUUAUAUUCGUCGUUUAUUGGAUUAUUACUAUUCACCGGCAUACAUGGAAAACCUCUCCUUCAGACCGGAAACUGGGAUCCGCUGACGAUUUCAAGUCCUCAGGAAACGAAACUUGCGGAAGAAUAUCUUAAAGAUUGUUUGGAGUUUCGAUUUGAUUCCGGCAUCUACACCGUCGAGUCGACCGGUACGCAGAUUUCCACAUGCGGAUUGUACCUGGUGGGACCACUGGACACGCAAGUUGCCAUUGAUUUUAUGGAUUUCAAUGUCGGUUGCGAGCACAAAGGUCUUAUUGGGGUUUUAGAUGGAUGGGAACAAGAAGGUUAUGUCUUCCCACCUAAACACGAUGUCCACGGACACCAUUUGCGCUACGAGACAUUCUGCGGUAUUAAACAGCCAAAGGGCACUUUUCUCUCCAGCGGCAAUAUGGCGCUUAUACAGUACCACCUGCCCACACCCGGCAACGGUUUCGUGGUGCGUGUCCAGUUCGUCAAGAAUCCCCAGCCCUGUAAUAUGAUAUCAAUGUUUCCCGGUGAGCCGUACAUUCUGCGUAACUACGGGCAGCGCGUUAACUGCAGUAUGCUGACAAUCAAUCCCGAGAGGAUCACCUUGUCCCUGGUUAAUGUCGGCAUUACGCCCAAGAUAUCCCCGGCGGCGUCCUCCACCAACCGCCUGUUACCUGACCGGCAAGCGGAAGCUGACUUCCGCUCCGCACAAGUUUGUAAUCCAUACGAGAAAGGGGAUUACGUGGAGAUUAAAGGCGGAAGCAACAUCUCUGUCAACAAUAUGAUCACCUUCAAACAGUUAUGCGGCGCCAGCGCGGGCGAAGAAGAGACAUUUGGGAUAUUCUGCGGCAGUACACUGGUCCGUUUGGUGUCCAGUGGUGUAUACGACAAUGUCGUCGUGAUAGAAACCGAUUCCUUGGAUGAAACGGAAGCCGAUCAGCCCAACAGCAGAAAUAACGUGUGCCGGCUGAUAUAAAAGAUGUGCGCGCGCACUUGACCUUUCGACUCUGUCCUUCAGUGCAGUGCGCACGAAAAACGGCGAAUUUAUAAUGUGUAUGUGGUGUGCAGCUUUGUGCUAGUCAGUCGUGCUGAAAUGCGGGACAUUUUACCAAAGUUGACAUUUUAAUUAUUUAUUAAACCAAAUAAUAUCAGUGUAAUACGACAAAGUAAGAGUAUAUGCUAUGCAGUUAACAUAAAACAACAUCGCUGUGAGUGGUUUGUGCAUGGUGUGCACUUUUUAUCAUGCAUUCACAUUCCACUUCUUGGUUUUUUCUGGGUGUGUUUGACGAUAAAUCGAAAAUCCACUGUCCGGCAUCAAA